AAUUAACAAGGAAAACAAAGUAAACAACAGCAAUUUCAUUUGCACAUAUAUUCAAAUAUUAUUGCAUAAUAAAAAGAAAAAUGGCUAGGAGCACAAAAAAAAUCCCAAUAAUAGACAUGGCAGAUUCAUCUGGCCAGCUUCCGGAGAAGAUUGUGAGAUCGUGCGAAGAAUUCGGGUGUUUUCGGCUCGUCAACCACAGAAUUCCGAUUCCGGUCAUGCGCGACAUGCGGGCCGUGGCUCGGGCCCUUUUGGAUCUUCCUUUGGAAGUGAAAAUGAGAAACUCGAAUCUUCAAGAGCCCGCGAAAGGGUACACGCCUCCGAAUUUGGCGAGCCCAUUUUUCGACAGCUUGAGUUUGUACGAUAUGGGCUCGGAUGGUUCGGUGGAUGAGUUUUGUGCUCAGAUGAAUGCUUCUCCUCAACAAAGGGCAAUCAUACACAACUACACAUCUUCCCUUCUUCAACUUGUCCAAUUUAUGGGCACUAAGUUGCUAGAAGGCCUUGGCUUGUCUGGUUGCCCUUUCCAAAGAGGCAUAUGCCAGCUGAAAAUGAACAAUUACAAUUAUACCCCUGAAACUGUUGGCAAAACCGGAGCCGUCUUGCACUCGGACGCCGGAUUAUUCACGAUAUUACACGACGAUGAUGAUGUUAACGGCUUAGAGGCUGUGGAUAAUUCAACCGGUGAGCUUAUUUCCGUUGAUCCCCUGCCCGGAAGUCUUGUCGUUAACGUUGGAGAUGUCGGCAAGCAUCAAGUGAAGUGCUACAAGCCGGCAAGACGAAUCACGAUUGCUCUUUUUGUGUUGCCUCCUAAAGACGGGAAGGUCGAAGUCUUGUCGGAGCUUGUGGAUUGUCAAAACCCUCCGCUUUACGUGCCGUUCGAUUUCGAAGAAUAUAGAAAGCUCCGAAUCUCGACAAGUUCGGCGACGGGCGAGGCUUUGGGGUAUUUUCGGACAAACCAAGAAUCAUUGAAAUAG